AGAAUUUAAGGAGGAUCUUGCACGAUUCAACUUCACUCGGACACUCACUCACACUCGCUCACAGUAGAACGGAUAUGCGGGAGAGCAGGGGGCAAGUGGCUAGCAGCUUGGAGCCGUGGCUCGAGCUGAAAAACAAAAUCGUCAUGGUGACCGGCGCGUCUUCCGGGCGGGGCCGAGAGUUUUGCUUAGACUUAGCCGAAGCCGGAUGCAAAGUCGUAGCCGCAGCUCGACGAGUCGAUCGCUUACGAUUACUCUGCGAUGAAAUUAACAACGGGAUCGGUUCUAACAAGCCGGGCCCUGAUCGAGCUAGAGCCGUGGCUGUGGAGCUUGACGUCAACGCAAGUGGACCGAUCAUUAACGCUGCCGUGGAGAAAGCUUGGGGUGCUUUUGGGAGAAUCGAUGCUUUGAUCAACAAUGCUGGUGUGAGAGGUAGUGUGCACAGUCCAUUGGAUUUGUCGGAAGACGAAUGGAAUGAUAUCAUUAGAACAAACCUAACCGGAACCUGGUUGGUCUCCAAGUACGUUUGUUCGCGCAUGCGUUAUGCUCAACAGGGUGGAUCUGUCAUCAACAUUUCCUCGACUGCAGGUCUUAAUCGUGGGCAACUACCCGGAAGCCUUGUUUAUGCCGCUUCAAAAGCAGCUGUUAACACCAUAACAAAGGGGAUGGCUCUGGAACUCGGGAUGUAUAAGAUAAGAGUGAAUUCCAUAUCUCCUGGAAUUUUCAAGUCUGAGAUAACACAGGGUCUCCUGCAAAAAGAUUGGCUCAAAACUGUGGCUUUCAAAACGAUCCCUCUACGAACUCAUGGCACCACGGAUCCGGCACUCACAUCCCUCGUCAGGUACUUGGUCCAUGAUUGUUCGGAAUAUGUGACGGGCAACGUUUUUAUUGUUGAAGCAGGUGCUACUUUACCUGACGACGCCAGAAUGAUGGACUUGGUCACACGUGGCAUGCUUCUGGUUGUGCUGUCAGGCUCAAGUGGGACAACUUGAAGGAAAUAAGUUGAAAAUUUGCACAAAUAAUGGAAACAUUGUAACGAUCAAGUUUAGGUAUAUGGGAUAUUCAUAAAUGAAAGGCUUUUAUACAUCCCCUCCAACUUACGACAGUCACUUGGGUCUUCUUAGGAUUGUGCCACAUGUCAGCCAUCCACGUUUUUUUCCUGGGAUCUAGUCAAUCCUGGGCUUAGGGUGGCGGAUUAUUGGGCUAUGAUAGGGAAUAGGGUAGCCCAGCCCACUUUAUUUAUAUCACUAACAUCAGAUUUAAAUGUAAAAUGUUAAUUGUUUGAGUGUACUAUAAAUUCAUU